UUUUUUUUUAUACAUAUUAUUAUUCGCUUCUUCUUAGACAUUAUUAUUUUGGAUGGAACCAAACGAGCGAGGGCCCCCAUCGUACUCUGAAGCCACACGCAGCGUGCCUGGUGGGUUUGCAGCGACGGCGGCGAUGGACGCUGGCCCGGUCAUCUUCCCGUCGCAGGAGGCCGUUGACGGGAUUGCGAGCCGAACAUACACGCCGCACACCACUGCGCAGCAGACAGCGUCCGUUCCCUCGAACAACCGCCAUUCGAGCACGAGCGUGUUUAGCACAGAGCGCCAUGCAGCCACAACGUUCGUGGCCAUGCACGAGCCGCGCGUUUUUACGACAUCUGCUGCAGGAACUGAUUUCACCGCUGGCUCGCGCAACAUCGGGAUUGGGUCGAGCUCCAAGUCGGUUCCGCCUGCGCUUCGGAUUUUCAAGCAAACGUCUCUGGCUGAAGACCCACCAUUACCGUCUUGACGUGCAGAUGCGUUGUUUGUCGCAUCUCAGCCAGCGGCUUUUUGUUGUUGACCUGAGCUCAGCCGUAUGAACGCUGUGUUUUUCCGUUUCCAUCCACUUUUUUUGAUGCUUUGUGCGUUUUUGCAUUCAUUCAAAACUCACUCUUUUUUUUUUUGCAUUCAUUUACUUGACAAAUUCAGGUUUGUUACGACCUUUUUUUCCUUUUUUGUUGCUGUUGUUGUUUUGUUGGUUUCUCGUUGUUGUUUUUUCCUAUUCAAUCUUGAUCCGUCGCGACGUCAUGUUCGCGCCAAAACACACAAAGACACAUUAUCUCAUCCACCA